AUGUCUGACCCUAUUGAUCAACUUUUUGAUUCUCAUAUUAUUCAUAAUCAAUCUUAUGAUCUCUUGAUUACUAUGUUUCUUCGCAGCAUUUUUCUUGAUAUUCACAAGUUGUAUUUGGUUUUUCUUAGUACUCUUUCUUCUGAUAAGGAUACUUAUACUUUUCUUGAGAACUGUUCUUCUUCUCUUGAAGAUUUUAUCUUCUUUCUUUAUGAAAGAGAUAAUAAGAAGGCUUUUUCUCUGUUUAGUCGAACUAUUAAUCGGACUAUCCGUGUUGCUUCUGUCCUUAAUUGGGAUGGUUAUGGAAAGGAUAAUAUUACUCUUGACUACCUUAAUUCUGGUCUCAAUAAACUUUCUUUUAAUGAUACUUCUUCAG